AUGUCAGAUUCUUGUGUAAUGGUCGUGUAUAUUAAAAGAAUGCUUCGUCGCGGCAGGCUUGGGACGCUUUUCAUCUGCAGCAAUGGAAACUGGGUGAAUCUCAGUCCAGAGGCGACACGUGAUUUGUUGCAGAUCUACGAAACCGGCGUCGCUACACGAUAUCAGUUGACUGCCGGCCUUUGCAUCGAUAUCUUGCCCAACGAUGUCGAUUGUAACAGCAAAAACACAGAUUUACCCCGCUUAAUGCGCGCGGAUCUGUGUUACACGGAUGGGGAACACCAAACCCAUCAACAAUUAUCAUCGUUUGUCAAGGACUUGUUGGAAUCCCAAGGCAUCAUGGAUGCAUUUCCUCCCGUCAAGCCUGGGGACGCUUUGCCAAAGAUCACCGACCUGGAACCCCAUCGUCACCUGAGUCUUGUUCCUACCCCGCUGAAUUCUGCCCGUCGCACCGUUCGAAAACCCAAAGAAGAAACCGUGGCCGAAGCAGAGGUGAAGCGGUAUCCGAUCUUUGAAAAUACGCUAUCGCCCAUUAUAGGGUAUGAGAAAAAGCGACCAAGAAAUGCGGGAGGAGGAGCGUCAACAAGAUCCAAACGUAAACGAUCCGUUCCAGACAAGCAAUCACCUUCCGCAUCCAUCACCAUCAACCGUGCGAAUACAAGGCAAGACAAGAAAUCCCAUUUCCCCAUUGGGUUGCCAAGCGCCUCGACCACGACAACCACACCCACAUCCACUCCCACCCCCGCCACUAGCAGUGCCGUAGCCAAUCAUGGUGCCCAUCCAAUGGUCGUCAAUGCAACCAACUCGUCGCCUAUGGAUCCCUUGCGUAUGACGAACGCCAGUGGUUAUCGUUCUUCGGCCAUGCCACCCACAAGCUGGGUGAACUAUCCCGCAAGAACUUACGAUGCCACCUCAUUUUCUUGCCAAAAGCCGCCCUACAGUAACCUGCCCUAUUCGCCUUCUUCCAUGCUGCUGUAUUCCCCCGUCAAUGGUUUCCGUCAAGCCGCACCGUCGCCGUCGUCAAGGCACGCCAUGGAUUCCGAGUAUCAGUCUAUGUAUCAUCAUCCUCCAUCGCUUUUUCCCACCACCGAGUCAGCUUCCCACCACGGCCACAACUACUCGGCCAUGAUGACCGAGCCCCCCAUGCUCGGAUCGCCAUCCAGUGCAGAAAACAAGAGUAUGCGAAUUCGGCCGGUGAAUCCGUCGUACCCUUUCCAGCUUCCAUGCUCGGAUCCUUCCACGGCAGCCAAUGCGCCUGCCACAGGUCCAUGGAUGGAUCGCGACUUGUGGCUUGAAGGAGACUCCCAUCCUUCGUCACUCGCUCCAUUCACUUCUGACGUAGGUUACGAUCACGCUACAGAUGCCAUGGUAUAUCAACAUCAUUCGUCGUUGUAUCAACCGGCGCUCACGGAUCCUCCCCGCUACAAUGUAUCGAUGAUGCACCUCGAUUCAUCCUCCGCCUCUAGUGUCACGGGCGAUCCGACCUUUUCGCAUGAUUCCAGCCAUCUCACUUCCUUGGCAGACAGCUUAUUCAACAAUUCAAUGAAUGAAUACAAUACCAAAUCCUUUGAUGGCACUGACACGUCUCAGCGUCCCUUGAACUCCGUAUUACAUCAUUCCGCUACACCUCCUCCUCCUCCUCCUCUUGCUCCUUUACCUCCUCAUUCUUCUUUUUCCUCUUCCUCUUCUUCUUCCUCUUCUGCAAGUUCUUCGGCUCCUCCUCAAUUGAUCGCUUCUCCUUCCUGUAUAUCCAAUGCGGCUCCGGAAACUAUUGCCAAGUCAAGCUCCUCGUUAAGAAGCACCAGUACUCAAUCCACCCACGACUAA